UCAUGAGGAAGUAAGAAGUGACGCGUAUGAAAGCUUUCAUUAUUCAGACUUAUUUUCAAACACUCUUUGUCAAAUAACACGAAGAACAACCCAGAGAUGAGGACUCUCACACUUGUUCUGGUGGGCUUUGCUUUUUGUUGGGUCUCAUCUAAAGACGUUUAUGUGUUCCAGGACAUCGAUGAAUGUGAGUUUAGCAAAGAGGAUUUGUCUGACAUGGUCUACACAGUGAAGCUGGUCUUCAACCAGAAGCUUCUGUGCAGUUACGACUCGAGGAUGGGAAAGUACGUUGGUUACGAUGAGUUCGGGAUCAGAAAUGCUGAGCGUUUCAACAAUCAGAGCUGGAAGAUGAAAGAGCGGAAGGAGCAGGUGGAAACAGUGUGCAGAGCUAAUGCCAGGCUUUAUAUCAAAAGUGAAGUGAGAAAGGCGCCGCCCGUCGUCGUGGUACGCUCCAAUAGCGAGGCUCGUUUCGGUCAGCUGACCACGCUGGAGUGCCAUGCGUUCGAUUUCUACCCCCAGGCCAUCAACGUCACCUGGCUGCUGGACGGGUCAGAGGUCACUGGACACGUGGUCUCCACUGAAUUCAUGGAUAACGGUGACUGGAGCUAUCAGAUGCACUCGUACCUGGAGCUGGUGCCUCACCGAGGAGAGACGGCGAGCUGUCGAGUGGAGCACAGCGGUCUGAAGGAGCCCCUCGUCGUUCUGUGGGACUCGACCUCUCUCCACACCAGAAUCAUAAAGUUAGCCGUGGGCUGCUCUUUUUUCCUCUCUGGCCUCGCUGUGGCUCUCUCUGCAGUAUAUUAUCACAAGAAACGACACAGAGGUUUUUCCUCCCUUGUUCUCCAUUGAGAGCUGAAAUUAUUUCACGAUGCUUUAGCAUGUAUAUGUAAGUCUUUUAUUUGCUCCUGUUGUUGUAUAUUAUUGCUCAUUUUAAUAAAGACUUAAUGGCUAAACUUAA